CUUCAAUUAUGCAAUUACACUGAUAAUCACAGUGAGGGAAUUUAACUGCCUUUAAUUUGUUAUUCAGGUGGAGAUGGAAGGAUUGCGGAGGAAGCAGCCAGACUGGCUCUCUGCUCUGCACAGACACCAGAAAAGCUGCGGUCUGCAAAUGAAUCCUAAUAAAAUGAAGACCUGCUGGAUACUUUCUUCUGCUUUCACCAGAGGCGUCCUCUUGAAGAUCUCUGACCUUGUCUUACGCGGAUUUGCCUGCUUCGUCUUCUCCAUCACGUGAUAUUAUUUUUAAGUUCUUCGGACCAGCCGCAGCGUCACCAAUCGGCUUCCCUCUUGGAGAGAGUGGACCAAUCAGCGAGAGUCUUUGAUGAAUAUUCAUGAGUCCGAGAUUCAAACCUUUGAGCGAGUUUGUCUUGGUCCACAGCAUCCUUCCCAGGACUUUUCACAGGCGCAAACUACAUUUUCUUAUGAAUGGAAAGAGAAAAAAUCAGUUCGGCUUAAAUUGGGACCCAUCCUUCACUGAGAUCAUAGAAGGAGAACAACAAAAGCAAGACAAGAGGCACCGACAGAAGAGAUGACAAUGACCACGAUUCCAGAAAGUCUUAAUAGCCCAGCUUCGGGAAAAGCCGUUUUCAUGGAGUUUGGACCCCCGAGUCAACAAAUGUCGCCUUCCUCCAUGUCUCACGGACACUAUCCCAUGCACUGUUUACAUUCUGCAGGUCACACGCAGCAUGACAGCUACAGUCCGGCUUCGUCUUUCACCAGAUCUUUGGGUUAUCCAUACGUAAACACCGUCGGCAGCCAUUCCACCAGUCCAUAUCUCAGCACGGUGCAGACUUAUCAAAACAGCUCGGCGCUCGCACAAACGCGGCUAGAGGACGCAGCGCCAGAAACCGAGAAAAACACCGUGGUCGAAGGCGGGGAGGUGCGAUUCAACGGGAAAGGGAAAAAGAUUAGAAAACCAAGGACAAUAUAUUCGAGUUUACAGCUUCAAGCCCUGAACAGGAGAUUUCAACAAACUCAGUAUUUGGCGUUACCGGAGAGAGCGGAGCUCGCAGCGUCUCUGGGACUCACUCAGACACAGGUAAAAAUCUGGUUUCAGAACAAGCGAUCCAAAUUCAAGAAACUGAUGAAACAAGGCGGUAGUACAAUUGAAACUAACGUUUUGGCCACUGGCCGCGGACUUUCGAGCGGUUCUCCCACCGUGGCACCUGUCUGGAGCUCGCCGUCCACCGUGAAGACGUCCGUGGGAACGAGCGGGUCUUACAUCCCCAGCUACACCUCAUGGUAUCCCACCGCACACCAAGAGUCUAUGCAACAGUCACAGCUCAUGUGAAAACGGACACUUCAGUGAACGGGACGGAGAAAAAAAAAAGGCCCCUGCAUCCGCCAAGCGCGGCUCAGGUCUGAUGAUGCUCAACAAUAAUCCCGGAGAUUGCUGCCGCAUCCAGCGCGCUGACACGGAGGCCUCCUCACAGCGAUGCUGGACAGUGGAGAGAUGGAGGAGAAAGGCGCACUAGGAGCUGAAAUGGCACACAAUGCGCCAAGGGCAACAAGUCUCUGAAAGCGGGAAAUAAAUUCAAAUAGACUAAAGGAUUUUUUUUUUUUUUUGCUGCCGUUAAUUUCCUUAUGUUUCUUUCAGUUCUCUUCAUCUUGUUUAUUUGUGUGAACAAUUCUGUUGUUGAGCUGUAGGCUUACAUGUUUAUGAGAAAUCACGUGUUUGUUUACGCAAGAUGUGGGGCCCAAGGUGAUGAUGACCUAAAAUCAAUUUGCAUUAAUUUACAAUUAAAGGCCAAUUAUGCCACAGCAGUGGUUAUUUAACCAAAUAAUCGCUUAUAAAUUCCACCGUAUAAGGCCAUUAUGCUUACAGCAUGUUCAGCCACAGUGAACGCUGUGCAAAGCCUCAAGUCGCAACUAUGUUUAUAUGUGUUUGUUAUUUAAGUUAAAUUAUUCAGAGUAGCUUUUCUGUCAAGGUUGGUCUGUGUUCCUUUUGUAAGGGUGUUUGAAAUAACAACACUGUUGUUAAUGCUGCACUGACGCAAGCAAAGCUUUUUCUAUGCCGUGCCCCGAUGUUAUGUGAAAAAAAUGUAAAAGGCCAGACGAUUUGCUGCUUCGGAAAAAAUAUAAAUUCUCAGAGUGAGCAGCCCAUUUGUCACUGUACUUUUUAUUUUAUUUUAUUUUUUAAUUUUUUUAUUUUUUUUUUGUUUUGUGCUGUUACGCUGUGAAACAGGGUUUAGGCUUUGUGUACUCGUCUAAAUGUGUUUAGCCAUCAUAGAAAAUAUAUAGUUUUGUAUUGAUCACUUUAAUUUAUUGAUCUGUUUCUGGAGUUUAUGUACAUAACGUGCAAAGUUUCAAAAGGAGUAAAAUAUGAUUUGAAUUAUGUCAA